CGUCUUCCCAGGUCAGGUAUCAGAUCUGAAAGGACACUUUGUAACUCAGGUAGCCAUGGGGAAAGCUCACAGCUGCGUCCUCACCAAGAGCGGGGAGGUGUGGACGUUUGGAGUGAACAACAAGGGCCAGUGUGGUCGAGACACUGGAGCCAUGAGCCAGGCAGGGAAAGCAUUUGGAGUGGAGAACAUGGCUACUGCUAUGGAUGAGGACUUAGAGGAUGAGCUAGAUGAGAAAGAGGAGAAGUCUAUGAUGUGUCAGCCGGGCAUGCACAAGUGGAAGCUGGACCAGUGUAUGGUGUGCACCGUGUGUGGAGAUUGCACAGGGUACGGUGCUAGCUGUGUGAGCAGUGGGCGACCUGACAGAGUGCCGGGAGGGAUUUGUGGCUGUGGCUCUGGUGAGUCGGGCUGUUCAUCAUGUGGCUGCUGUAAAGCUUGUGCCAGGGAACUGGAUGGUCAGGAGGCCAGACAGAGGGGAAUCUUUGAUGCUGUGAAGGAAAUGAUACCACUCGACCUGCUCUUGGCUGUGCCUGUCCCUCCUCCCCCAGGCGUCAAUAUUGAAGAGCACAUCCAGAUUCGACAGGAGGAGAAGAGACAGCGUGUCAAUCGCCGGCACCGAUUGGAAGAUGGCCGAGGCCCCCUUGUUUACCCUGGCCCCCUUUUUAUGAACCAGCGUGAGCAGGUGCUAGCCAGACUAAGACCCCUUCAGGCCUUUAAGCUAAUGCGGGAGAAACUCAAAGAUGGCAGCAGUGAACGUGGGGACAAAGAUGCCAGUAAGAUCACAACCUAUCCUCCAGGGUCGGUGCGCUUUGAUUGUGAGCUGCGAGCUGUGCAGGUCAGCUGUGGCUUCCAUCACUCCGUGGUAUUAAUGGAGAAUGGUGAUGUUUACACCUUUGGUUAUGGACAGCAUGGACAACUUGGACAUGGAGAUGUUAAUUCUAGGGGGUCCCCCACUCUGGUGCAGGCUCUACCUGGCCCCAGUACUCAGGUGACUGCAGGCAGUAACCACACUGCAGUGCUUCUUAUGGAUGGACAGGUCUUCACCUUUGGGAGUUUCUCGAAAGGGCAAUUAGGGCGGCCCAUUCUUGACAUGCCCUACUGGAACGCCAAGCCUUCUCCGAUGCCCAACAUUGGAGCUAAGUAUGGCCGCAAGGCCACGUGGAUCGGUGCCAGCGGUGAUCAGACCUUCCUUAGAAUCGAUGAGGCGCUGAUCAACUCCCACGUCUUGGCCACCUCAGAGAUUUUCGCCAGCAAACACAUCAUAGGUCUGGUUCCAACAUCUGUAUCUGUGCCUCCACCCUUCAAAUGUCUAUUGAUUAACAAAAUGGAUGGGAGCUGCCGCACAUUCAAUGACUCAGAGCAGGAGGACCUCCAGGGGUUUGGUCUCUGUCUAGACCCUGUCUAUGAUGUCAUCUGGAGGUUCCUACCUGCCACAUGUGAGAUGUGUUGCUAUAACGCUGUGAUAGCAGAUGCUCGUGUGCCCCCCGCCUCUGACAUCCAGGCCCUCUGCAGCAUUCUUAGUCCUGAGCUGGCUCUGCCCUCAGGCUCUCACGCCACCACCACACGUUCCCAUGGAGCUCUGCACAUCCUGGGUUGUCUUGACACACUGGCUGCUAUGCAGGAACUGAAGAUGGGUGUGGCCAGUGCUGAGGAAGAGACCCAGGCUGUGAUGAAGGUCUACUCUAAAGAAGACUACAGUAUGGUCAACCGCUUUGAGAGUCACGGAGGAGGCUGGGGUUACUCGGCACACUCUGUAGAGGCCAUCCGCUUCUGCGCUGAUGCUGACAUCUUGUUAGGGGGUUUGGGUCUUUUUGGUGGUAGAGGAGAGUACACUGCAAAGAUCAAGUUGUUUGAGCUGGGCCCAGAUGGUGGAGACCAUGAGACUGAUGGAGACCUGUUGGCCGAGACUGAUGUACUGGCGUAUGACUGUGCCGCUCGGGAGAAAUACGCCAUGAUGUUUGAUGAGCCUGUGCUCCUGCAGUUGGGCUGGUGGUACGUGUCGUGGGCUCGUGUGUCGGGGCCCAGCAGUGACUGCGGAUCCCACGGCCAGGCGACCAUCACCACUGAUGAUGGUGUGGUCUUUCAAUUUAAAAGCUCCAAGAAAUCAAACAAUGGUACUGAUGUGAAUGCUGGACAAAUACCUCAGCUACUCUACAGGUUACCCUGUAAUGAUGGUAAUGCCUCUAAAGGGAAGCAGCAGACCAGUGAGCCUGUUCACAUCCUCAAACGUUCCUUCGCCAGGACCGUCUCUGUGGAUUGUUUCGAGUCUCUUUUGAGUAUUCUGCACUGGAGCUGGACCACACUGGUGUUGGGGGUAGAGGAGCUCAGAGGGCUAAAGGGUUUUCAGUACACAGCCACCCUUCUGGACUUGGAGCGUCUGCGAUUUGUGGGCACAUGCUGUCUGCGACUACUGCGGGUCUACAUCUGCGAGAUAUUUCCCAUCUCUGCCAGCACCAAAGCAGUGGUGGAAGAGUCCAGCAAGCUGGCGGAGUGUGUAGGAAAGACACGCAGUCUCUUGAAGAAGAUCUUGUCAGAGGGGAUGGACAACUGCUUAACCAAACUGGACAAUGACCCGCAGGGAUAUCUGAGUCAGCCCCUCACUCUGCUGGAGGCCGUACUACAAGAGUGUCACAACACCUUUACUGCAUGCUUUCACACUUUCUACCCCACACCUGCCCUGCAGUGGGCCUGUCUCUGUGACCUGCUCAACUGCCUUGAUCAGGACAUUCAAGAAGCGAACUUCCGCACAUCAAGCAGCCGUCUGCUUGCUGCUGUGAUGUCAGCGCUCUGUAACACAUCCGUCAAGCUGACCUCCAUCUUGCCCAUCGCUUAUGACGGAGAAGUUCUUCUGCGCUCGCUCGUCAAGCAGGUCAGCACAGAGAACGACUCUGCCCUCGCUCACCGCUUCCCCCUGCUGGUGGCACACAUGGAGAAACUCAGUCACACGGAGGAAAAUCUCAUGGGCAUGACAACGUUCCGAGAGGUUCUGGAGAAGAUGCUGGUCAUUGUGGUGCUUCCUGUGAGGAAGAGUCUGAGGAAGGAGAUGGAGCUUUUCUCUCCUCAUCUGGUGUCCAACACCUGUGGUCUUCUGGCCAGUAUUGUUAGUGAACUGACUGCUUCUGCUCUCGGCUCUGAGGUGGAUGGGCUCAACUCUCUGCAUUCGGUGAAGUCCACCCCUAAUCGCUUCACUAAGACCAGCCAGGGCCGCAGCUGGAACACCGGAAACGGCUCCCCUGACGCCAUCUGCUUUAUGGUGGACAAGCCAGGGGUGGUGCUGGUGGGCUUCUGCGUCUACGGGGGAGGAGGCAUCCAUGAAUAUGAGCUGGAGGUGCUCGCUGAUGAUGCUCAGACGGAGAACCCUGGAGAUUCCACCCACUCCCACAGAUGGACGUCUCUGGAGUUGGUCAAAGGCACCUACAGCACUGAUGACUCCCCCAGUGACAUUGCUGAGAUCCGCCUGGACAAAGCUGUUCCUCUGAAGGAAAAUGUAAAAUAUGCUGUUCGUCUGCGAAAUUACGGCAGCCGUACGGCCAAUGGGGAUGGAGGUAUGACGACCGUGCAGUGCUCGGAUGGAGUUACUUUCACAUUCAGCACAUGCAGUUUAAGCAGCAAUGGCACCAACCAGACCAGAGGCCAGAUUCCUCAGAUUCUCUAUUAUAGGAGUGAAUAUGAUGGUGACCUGCAGUCACAGUUGUUAAGUAAAGCCAACGAGGAGGACAAGAACUGCAGUCGGGCUCUCUCUGUGGUCAGCGUGGUGGUGCGGGCAGCCAAAGAUCUCCUGCACAGGGCCUUUGCUGUGGAUGCUGAAGAUAUUCCAGAGCUCCUGAGUUCCUCAAGUCUCUUCUCAAUGCUGCUUCCACUUAUUUUAGCGUACAUCGGCCCUGUCGCCUCCUCUGUGCCUAAGGCUGCUGUAGAGGUGUUUGGUUUUGUACAGGAACUUCUUCCAGCUGUUUCCGCCCUGAACCAGAAAUAUGCACCCCCUGCUUUCAACCCUAACCAAUCCACAGACAGCACGACUGGGAACCAACCCGAACCGGGCCUGUCAGCUUGCACCACGUCUAAUCAUUAUGCUGUUAUAGAAAGUGAUCACCCCUAUAAGCAGGCUGGUGUCACUCAGUAUAAGGUUUCCUUUCCAGACUGUGUUCGCUGGAUGACCAUUGAGUUUGACCCUCAGUGUGGCACAGCACAGCCGGAAGAUGUCCUCCGUCUCCUGAUUCCCAGCCGAUCACUGCAUUUUUCUGGGCUUGGCUCCAAAGCUCUGGCCCACGAGACCAUCAACAGCUGGACCGAGCUCAAGAAGUUCUCUGGCUCAAGUGGCUGGCCCACUGCUGUCCUGGUGCUACCAGGAAACGAAGCUAUUUUUUCCUUGGAAACUGCAUCAGAUUAUGUGAAAGAUGAGAAGGCUUGUUUCUACGGAUUCAAAUGUGUGGCUGUUGGCUUUGAGUUUAGCCCUUGUGUUGAUGAGGGUAUUAUUCAGCUGGAAAAGGAAUUGGCCUAUUUGGGAAGUGUGUGUGCAGCAGCUCUAAUGAAAAAGGAUCUAGCUUUACCCAUAGGAAGUGAUUUGGAGGAGGAUUUGGAGAUCUUAGAAGAGGCCUCACUCCAGGUGUGUAAAGCUCACUCAGGGCUCCUGGGGAAGGGGCUGGCCCUCUCUCACUCUCCCACCUUCCUGGAGGCACUGGAGGGCAACCUGCCACUGCACCUACAGACAAAUGAACACUCUUUCCUGGAGGACUUCAUCACCUGCAUGCAGAACUCAAGUGGUGGACGGCUUGCCAGGUGGCUUCAGCCAGACUCCUAUGCAGAUCCUCAAAAAACCUCACUUAUUCUGAACAAAGAUGACAUCCGCUGUGGCUGGCCCACUACUGUUGUAGUGCAGACCAAAGACCAAUAUGGUGAUGUUGUUCAUGUGCCAAACAUGAAGGUUGAACUGAAGGCUGUUCCAGUCUCUCAGAAGAAGUCCAUCCAGCAGGAGAACAUAAAGAAACUACAGCGUUUGCCAGGCAGCUCCUCUAACUCUGCGUCAGGCACUGAUCUGACCUUCGGUGGCCAUCCGGCACCCAAACUAGAGGCGACUUAUGAACCCAUGAUUAUAAAAGAAGCUCGCUAUGUCGCCAUCACCAUGAUGAAGGCAUAUGAAAAUUACUCUUUUGAGGAACUUCGCUUUGCUUCACCCACACCAAAGAGGCCUAGUGAGAACAUGCUCAUCCGGGCCAACACAGAUGGCACUUACAGCGCUAACUGGACCCCUGGUGCUGUUGGACUUUACACCAUUCAUGUGACCAUAGAUGGCAUUGAAAUUGAUGCUGGUCUGGAGGUGGAGGUGAAAGACCCACCUAAAGGAAUGAUCCCACCUGGCACACAGAUGGUUAAACCUAAAGCUGAACCUCAACCGAACAAGGUGCGCAAAUUUGUGGCCAAGGACAGCGCAGGCCUGCGUGUGCGUAGUCAUCCCUCUCUCCAAAGUGAACAGAUAGGCAUAGUCCAUGUCAAUGGCACCAUCACAUUCAUUGACGAGAUCCACAAUGAUGAUGGUGUCUGGCUCAGACUGAAUGAUGACACGGUAAAGAAGUAUGUUCCCAACAUGAAUGGGUACACUGAAGCCUGGUGCCUCUCUUUUAACCAGCAUCUGGGCAGAAGCCUCCUGCUCCCCGUCGAUGAGGGCAGGUCAAGUUUGGAUCAAUAUGGAAACGAAACCAGCGGCCGUCCUUAUCAGGAGACCACCGUACGUGGCCUACACACAGGCCUGGGUGGUGGACCAGGUCUUUAUAAGGUAGUGAAGACCGGACCUUCGGGUCACAACAUCAGAAGCUGCCCAAACCUUAGAGGUAUCCCCAUUGGAAUGUUAGUUCUGGGGAACAAAGUCAAGGCGGUAGGCGAGGUGAUUAACCCAGAGGGCACAUGGGUUCAGCUGGAUAAGAACAGUGUGGUGGAGUUCUGUGAGAGUGAUGAAGGUGAGGCCUGGUCUCUAGCCCGAGACAGAGGAGGGAAUCAGUAUCUGCUGCAUGAGGAAGAGCAAGUGAUUUUGGAGCAUGGAGCCCAGACCCCACCUCCCAGCCCUUUCUCAGUCCAGGCAUUUAAUAGGGGCAUGGGCAGCUCAGGAGCUCAGGGCUUCGACUAUGGCAUCUCCAACAACAAAGGUGACCGGCUGAGUGCCAUACUGAAUUCCAUUCAGAAUGGGCCUUUCCUCCCAACUCCUUCCAUGUUUGAGCAAGCUGCCAAACCUCCCUCUUCCCCUGUCCACAGCCCAUUUGUGUUUGGACAAUCCCUUCCCCAGCAGCCUCAACCGCAUCCACAGCUUCCGAAUGCUUCAUCACGCAGCCUUGCUUCACGUGAGCGUGUGCACAAAAGCAGUGUGACCGGGGCUGGCACCGCUCUCUCAUCUCUUGUUCUCAGACAAAAGGGUGACAGGGAAAAUGUGCCCAGUCGGUCCAUGUCUCCAGCCAGCAAGCAUCGUCAGGAGAGUCGUUCUUCCAGACCAGACAGUCACUCAGGCCGAACCACUUUAGUUGACCAGAUGAAAAGCAAGAACAAUGACAGUCUGUCUGCCAGCGAAGCCUUCAUUCUAAAAUCAGACACAGGCAAACUGCGUUCUGAUUCUCAUAGCCGCUCUCAUUCCCCUAACCACAACACCCUGCAAGCUCUGAAAGCCGAUGGCCGAACCUCAGGCCUAAGGGCUGAGUCUCCGAACCCUGGGUCCCGUUCUUCCUCACCCAAACAAAAGACUUAUUCCUCAGGCAGAUCCAGCCCUUCCAGUACCAAUUCCCCACGCUCCUCUUCUCCUCAUGAUAAAAACCUUCCUUCUAAAGUUAGUCCUUCUUCUAAAGCUCACCUGGACCCACCUCGUGAGAGAUCCAAAUCAGACUCCUAUACGCUGGAUCCUGACACUCUUAGAAAAAAGAAGGUACCUCUCAUGGAACCUCUGAGGGGAAGAUCUACUUCACCCAAGCCAAAACCACCAGCCAAAGAGGGCAAAGGAGGAAGCAGUAAUGCAGAAAACCGAGCCCCAUCUCCCCAUGUAGUGCAGGAAAACCUCCACAGUGAGGUGGUGGAAGUGUGCAGGUCCAGCACAUUGUUGUCUAGCGAAGAAGCCAAUGAUGAGAACGCAGAGCAGCAUAGUGCCGAAGAGGGCUCCUCCAAGGUGCACUUUAGUAUUGGAAAAGCCCCGGUCAAGGAGGAGCUUGAAAGUCGUUCUUCACCCAAAGUCAGCCGUAAGACCUCCAGCAGGCAUGUGAGACCCAAAAAAGACAAAUCAGGGCCACUCUUUAAGAGUGAGAAUGUACGCCCCACAGAACCAGCAAAGCAGGCCAUGUCACCAUCGGUUGCCGAAUGUGCUCGUGCUGUUUUUGCUGCCUUCUUGUGGCAUGAGGGUAUAGUCCAUGAUGCCAUGGCGUGCUCAUCCUUCCUCAAGUUCAACCCUGAGCUGACCAAGGAGCACGCACCUAUUCGCAAUUCUCUCAGCUGCCAGCAGGGCUUUGACGAGAAGGAGAGCAAACUAAAGAACCGCCAUUCACUGGAGAUCUCCUCUGCUCUCAACAUGUUCAACAUAUCACCCCAUGGCCCAGACAUCUCCAAGAUGGGAAGCAUCAACAAGAACAAGGUUCUGUCCAUGCUAAAAGUGCCACCCUUGCCUGAGAAGUGUGAGGAUGGAAAAAGUGAGGCGGUCGCCUAUGAGAUGACAAGUCACUCCUCCAUGAGGUCUAAGUCUAUCUUGCCUCUCACCCUCCAGCACCUAGUAGCCUUCUGGGAGGACAUAUCUAUGGCAACCAUAAAAGCAGCUACACAGAACAUGAUCUUUCCCAGUCCUGGUUCCAGCGCUAUUCUAAAAAAGAAGGAGAACGAAAAGGAUAGCAAGAAGGCAAAGAAGGAGAAGAAGAAAAAGGAGAAAGCCGAGGUGCGUCCCAGGGGUAACCUCUUUGGGGAGAUGGCACAGUUAGCUAUGGGAGGCCCAGAGAAGGAUACCAUCUGUGAGCUGUGUGGAGAAUCUCACCCAUAUCCUGUUACUUAUCACAUGAGGCAGGCCCACCCAGGCUGUGGCCGGUAUGCUGGUGGUCAGGGCUAUAACAGUAUUGGCCACUUCUGUGGAGGCUGGGCUGGUAACUGUGGAGAUGGUGGAAUUGGAGGAAGCACCUGGUAUCUGGUGUGUGAUCGUUGUAGAGAGAAAUACCUCAGAGAGAAACAAACAGCUGCUAGGGAAAAGGUUAAGCAGUCAAGGAAGAAACCUCUUCAAGUAAAAACCCCACGGGCUCUUCCCACAAUGGUGGCCCACCAGGUGAUUCGUGCCAAUGCGCUGUUCCUGCUGUCCCUGAGCAGUGCUGCUGAGCCGAGCCUGCUUUGCCAUCACCCACCCAAACCUUUCCACACACAUCUGCCCAGUCUGAAGGAGGGAGUGUCUGAGGAAUUACCAAACAAGAUGGGCUGUCUCUAUCUGCAGACCCUAGCUCGCCAGCACACAGAGAACUUCGGAGCCUACCAAGAAGACAACCUGUUUCAGGAUGAAAUGCGUUAUUUGCGUUCUACAUCAGUUCCUGCUCCCUACAUCUCAGUCACUCCAGAUGCCUGCCCCAGUGUUUUUGAAGAGCCAGGAAGUAACAUGAAGUCCAUGCCCCCAAGUUUGGAGACAAGCCCAAUCACAGACAGUGACACAGCCAAGAGGACAGUAUUCCAGCGCUCGUAUUCUGUGGUGGCCUCUGAAUAUGACAAGCAGCACUCAGCCUCUCCAGCACGAGUAAAGGCAGUGCCCAGGCGCAGGGUACACAGUGGGGAUGCAGUUGGGUCUUCUCUACUCCGUCACCCAUCUCCAGAGUUGUCUCGACUGAUCUCGGCCCAUGGCUCUCUCAGCAAGGGCGAGAGAAAUUUCCAGUGGCCUGUGUUAGCAUUUGUGAUCCAGCAUCAUGAUCUGGAGGGACUAGAAGUGGCCAUGAAACACGCGCUUCGCAAAUCAGCCUGCAGGGUGUUUGCCAUGGAGGCAUUUAACUGGCUGCUUUGUAAUGUGACUCAGACCACCUCCCUGCAUGAUAUCCUAUGGCACUUUGUGGCCUCUCUGACCCCAUCUCCCUUUGACACAGAAGAAGAGGAGGAUGAGGAGAGCAAAGGAAACAAGGAGAACCUUGAGCAGGAGAAGGAUUUAGGUGUCUGUGAGCACCCACUCUCUGACAUACUUAUCGCUGGAGAAGCGGCUCACCCGCUGCCCCACACUUUUCAUCGUCUGCUCCAGACCAUCUCUGAUCUUAUGAUGUCCCUGCCUAGUGGAAGCUCCCUCCAGCAAAUGGCCCUGAGAUGUUGGAGUCUUAAAUUCAAGCAGUCAGAUCAUCAGUUCCUGCACCAGAGUAAUGUGUUUCACCACAUCAACAACAUCUUGUCCAAAUCUGACGAUGGCGACAGCGAGGAGAGUUUUAACAUUAGUGUGCAGUCUGGAUAUGAAGCGAUCAGUCAUGAACUUUGUGUGGUGACCUGUCUGAAAGACCUGACUAGUGUGAUGGACAUUAAAACCUCUAGCAGACCGGCCAUGAUUGGCAGCCUGACUGACGGCUCCACUGAGACAUUCUGGGAGUCUGGGGAUGAAGAUAAGAACAAAACAAAGAGCAUUACUAUUAGCUGUGUUGAAGGGAUCAAUGCUUCCUAUGUCUCUGUACAUGUGGACAACUCCCGUGACAUUGGAAAUAAAGUAACAUCAAUGGCGUUCCUCUGUGGGAAGGCUGUGGAAGAUCUCUGCAGGGUCAAACAGAUUGACUUGGACUCCAGACACAUGGGCUGGGUCACCAGUGAGCUUCCUGGAGGGGACCACCAUGUAAUCAAGAUUGAGUUUAAGGGGCCUGAAAACACGCUUAGGGUACGACAGGUCAAAGUACUUGGCUGGAAGGAGGGCGAGAGCAUCAAGAUUGCUGGGCUGAUAUCAGCCAGUGUAGCCCAGCAGAAGAACUGUGAGGCUGAGACGCUUCGUGUGUUUCGCCUUAUUACAUCACAGGUAUUUGGCAAACUGAUUUGUGGUGAUGCAGAACCAACACCAGAACAAGAAGAGAAGAACCUGCUGUCAUCACCUGAGGGCGAAGACAAGGCCCCAUCUGAUGCAGACUUAAAGGAGCACAUGGUUGGCAUUAUUUUCAGCAGGAGCAAGCUGACUAACCUUCAGAAACAGGUAUGUGCCCAUAUCGUCCAAGCCAUUCGAAUGGAGGCCACACGUGUACGUGAGGAAUGGGAGCAUGCCAUCUCCAGCAAGGAGAAUGCAAACUCGCAGCCAAGUGAUGAUGAUGCCUCGUCGGAUGCGUACUGUUUUGAGCUGCUGUCUAUGGUCCUGGCCUUGAGCGGAUCUAACGUUGGCAGGCAGUAUCUGGCUCAGCAGCUUACCCUCCUGCAGGACCUUUUCUCCCUGCUUCACACUGCUUCACCACGUGUCCAGAGACAGGUGACAUCACUGCUCAGACGCGUUCUUCCUGAGGUUAGUCCCAUGCGUUUGGCCAGUGUCAUUGGCGUGAAGGCCCUGCCACCAGCGGACAUCAGUGACAUCAUUCACUCUACUGAGAAGGGCGACUGGACCAAGCUUUGCAUUUUGGAUAUGUUCCUGGGCUGCAUUGCCAAAGCCCUCACCGUGCAGCUCAAAGCUAAGGGGACCACUAUAGUUGGCACAGCUGGCAUGGCUGCAGGCAAAGGAGUCACGACAGUCACUCUGCCAAUGAUCUUUAACUCAAGUUACAUACGACGUGGAGAGAGUCACUGGUGGAUGAAGGGCUCAACUCCACCACAGAUAGCUGAGAUUAUCAUCAAACUGGUCAAAGACAUGGCUGCCGGGCACCUCUCAGACGCCUGGUCCAGGGUGACUAAGAAUGCUAUAGCCGAGACAAUCAUUGCACUCACAAAGAUGGAGGAAGAACACAGAUCUCCCGUGCGCUGCAUCGCUACCACUCGGCUGUGGCUUGCUCUGGCCUCUCUGUGUGUGCUGGAUCAGGACCAUGUGGACCGACUAUCCUCUGGUCGCUGGAUGGGUAAAGACGGGCAGCAGAAACAGAUGCCCAUGUGUGAUAACCACGACGACGGGGAGACUGCGGCCAUCAUUUUAUGUAAUGCAUGUGGAAACCUGUGCACUGACUGCGACCGCUUCCUACAUCUCCACCGGCGCACACGUACCCACCAGAGACAGGUGUUUAAGGAAGAAGAGGAGGCCAUUAAGGUGGACCUACAUGAAGGCUGCGGUAGGACCAAACUCUUCUGGCUUAUGGCACUUGCUGACUCCAAGACCAUGAAGGCCAUGGUGGAGUUUCGUGAGCACACAGGGAAACCAGCAUCCAGCAGUUCAGAUGCCUGCCGCUUCUGUGGUACCAGGAACGGAACAGAGCUAUCUGCUGUGGGAAGUGUGUGUUCAGACCAAGAUUGUCAGGAGUAUGCAAAACUGGCCUGCAGUAAGACUCAUCCGUGUGGUCACCCAUGUGGUGGGGUAAAAAAUGAAGAAAUGUGUCUGCCCUGUCUGCAUGGUUGUGACAAAACCGCAGUGUGUCUGAAACAGGACGCUGAUGAUAUGUGCAUGAUCUGCUUUACUGAAGCUCUGUCUGCUGCUCCAGCAAUCCAGCUGGAGUGCAGUCACGUUUUCCAUCUUCAGUGUACACGAAGGGUUCUGGAAAACCGCUGGCUUGGGCCCAGGAUAACCUUUGGGUUCAUGUCUUGCCCUAUUUGCAAGAACAAGAUAAACCACUCUGUGCUGAAAGACCUGCUGGACCCCAUCAGAGAGCUGUAUGAGGAUGUGAGGAGAAAGGCUUUAAUGAGACUAGAGUAUGAAGGUCUACACAAGAGUGAAGCCAUCACAAUGUCUGGAGCUCGAUUCUACAAUGACCCAGCUGGAUUUGCCAUGAACAGAUACGCUUACUAUGUCUGCUUCAAGUGUAAAAAGGCAUAUUUUGGGGGCGAGGCCCGCUGUGAUGCUGAGGCAGGACAAGGCGAUGACUAUGAUCCCCGUGAGCUCAUUUGUGGAGCAUGCUCAGAUGUGUCCCGAGCACAGAUGUGCUCUAAACAUGGCACAGAUUUCUUGGAAUAUAAAUGCCGUUACUGUUGCUCUGUGGCUGUGUUCUUCUGUUUUGGCACCACGCAUUUUUGCAACGCCUGUCAUGAUGAUUUCCAGAGGAUGACCAGUGUUCCCAAAGAAGACUUGCCUCAUUGUCCUGCUGGACCAAAAGGGAAACAGUUAGAGGGCAGCGAGUGCCCCCUGCAUGUGGUACAUCCUCCCACAGGAGAGGAGUUUGCACUGGGGUGUGGUGUUUGUAGAAAUGCCCAUACCUUCUAAAUGGCAGGAUUCUGUAAUGAUCUCUUUGUCUAUAAAUACAGUAUCCUCCUGUGUCAAAUAGCUCCCUUGUCAACACAGCAAGAGAGCAGAUUCACCGGUUGUCCAGUUCUUGAGGGAACUUUAACUGGCACCCUGUGUUCCGAGGUGCACCCCUCUCUUUAGAUGCUGAAGAAUUAUAAAAAGAACAAAAAAAAACCCUUUGUGACAUGUUUGCAUGCAGCCACUGUAACCCUGUGGCUCCCAUAAACAUUGCACACUUUCUGACCAUUGAAGUGUAACAACGUAUUAAGGAUUUUUGAACCGAAUCUGAGGCUGCUUAUCACCACAUGACUGCGUGAAAAAAGGCGAAACAAGAUGAAUUCAGCCUCUCAGAUUUAAGAUUAUAUUGUUGUAUGUAAACUUUUCUUUUCUUAAUCUUGUACAGUAUUCCUUAACUUUGAAGUGCAUCAUGGUUUGACGGAUAAAGAAUAAAAUUAUAUAUGAGGACUGUAGAAUGUUACGCUGGGAGGAAUAGUGUACGAUUUAUCUAAUCUUGUAUAUAAUGACAGUAACCCUUCAUAUGUGUAUUCUGAUGUUGCUACUCUACACUUCAGUUUUGUUUGACAUUCUGGGAUUUGUUUUGAGCCAGAAGUUUUAAUGAAUUGCAAUACUGGGUGUGCCUCCUCGCAGAUGUAAACAUAUGGAAUGUAUGUCAAUAAAACCACUGUACGUUUUUAUACAGUGAUACACUCGCGGUUGUGUUUUCCCCUGGCAAGUAUAUCAUUUCUGUAGUCUGAACUGUAUUGAGGGGCUUAAUGUCUGCCGUGUCUCCCCUGUUUGUCUUAAUGACGUGAUAUAAAUCCCUUUUCUGUCCUUUUAAAACAAAAGGUGAGUAUGUUCUACUUUUGUAUUGUAAGAACAUGACUCUUGGGGCCAGUCCUCGCAACAAAUUAAAGGAAUGUGAGGAAAACAAAAAAGAAAUAGUCGAAACUUUCGAAGAUAUAUAGGAAUGUUUAGGGGUGGGGGGGGGGGUUAAGGUGUGGUUAACAGCUGCUGUAGAAGACAAAACUGCAACUUGUGAAUCUGCUUUAUAUUAUUAUCUUUGGAUGGAGCUGAAUGGUAAUAAAUUUAAUAAAACAGGUUUUCUGUUCAGCAAAGGUACAUUACAAAAAGUGUGUUAUGUGCUUUUUCUUCAAUUUCCAGGAACACCUAGUAUAAUUUAUACAAUCUUUGAAAAGGCAACAUACUACAACCACAAAAAAAUUUUGGAGACCAUUUUUCUGAUUUUAAAAUGUACUACACUGCGUUCCAAAUUAUUAUGCAAAUUGGAUUUAAGUGUCGUAAACAUUUAAUUUUAUAUUGUUCAAUUAAACUUAUGGAUGGUAUUGUGUCUCAGUGCUCUUUGGAUCACUGAAAUCAAUCUCAGACACCUGUGAUAAGUAGUUUGCCAGGUGAGCCCAAUUAAAGGAAAACUACUUAAGAAGGACGUUCCACAUUAUUAAGCAGGCCACAGGUUUCAAGCAAUAUGGGAAAGAAAAAGGAUCUGUCUGCUGCCGAAAAGCGUCAAAUAGUGCAAUGUCUUGGACAAGGUAUGAAAACAUUAGAUAUUUCACGAAAACUUAAGCGAGAUCAUCGUACUGUGAAGACAUUUGUGGCUGAUUCAGAGCACAGAAGGGUUCGUGCAGAUAAAGGCAGAAUGAGGAAGGUUUCUUCCAGACAAAUUCAUCGGAUUAAGAGAGCAGCUGCAAAAAUGCCAUUGCAAAGCAGCAAACAGGUAUUUGAAGCUGCUGGUGCCUCGGGAGUCCCGAAAACCUCAAGGUGUAGGAUCCUCCAGAUGCUUGCAGUUGUGCAUAAACCUACUAUUCGGCCACCCCUAACCAAUGCUCACAAGCAGAAACGGUUG